AUGAAGCGAGUGACUCUCACGAGCUUUGACGAUCAAGACUUCCUGUCUGGGCUGCAGGUCGAGGAGACCGACAUUCCUUCUCCGGCAGAGGAGAACGUCUUGAUCCACAUGACCGUCAUGCCCGUCCACCCUGCCGAUGUAAACUCGAUCAUGGGCGUCAAUCCAAACUUUCAGCCCAGCAGCAUGCCUGGGGUUCCCGGGCACGAGGGAGCUGGGAAGAUAGUGAAGAUAGGCUCAGGAGUGACAAGAGUGUGGGAGGAGGGAGGGAGAGAUCUCAAGGUUGGAGAUCGAGUUGUCCCCUACGUGUUGCAGAGGACAGCCGAGGGAGCCGGGAGCUGGUCGGAGUACGUGGAGGUCAACUGCAGGGACGUGGUGAAGAUCCCCGAGGGAGUUUCGGACGAGGACGCAGCGCAGGCGGUUCUGAACCCCAUCACAGCCAUGGGCUUGAUGGAGGAGCUGGGGGUGAGCGAGGCAGACCCCUCGCAAGCUUACGUCCUUCAGAGCGCAGGAGGAUCGUCUCUUGGCAAGCAGCUGGUUCAGAUCGCCAAGGUGAAGGGAUACAAGACGAUCAGUACAGUGAGGAGAUGCGAGCAGAGGGAGGAGCUGCUUGCUCUCGGGGCAGACCACGUCAUCUGUACAGCAGAAGAAGACGUUGCGAAGAGAGUCAUGGAGAUCACGAGCUACCAUGGCGCGUGGGGAGCCGUGGACGCUGUGGCAGGGAGCAUGACGGCAACGCUGAGCAACGGGGUGAGAGAAGGAGGGAGGGUGCUGCUGUAUGGGGCGCUUGCUGGGACGAGCUUCGAGGGUUCAGUAGUCGCUACUCUGUUCCGCAACGUCACCGUCUCCGGGUUCUCUGUGAGCAGACGGCUGGAGGACAUGACAGCAAGCGAGCGAGUGAUGCAGGUGGCGUACGUGCUGGACUUGAUGAAGAAGGGAGCAGUGAUGCCGCAGACGGGUAGGAGUUUCGGCAUGUUGGAAGUGAAGGAGGCGGUGAGAGAAUCGAUCAAGUCAGGACGAUCCUCGCAAGGGAAAGUGCUGCUCAAAACUUCCGAUUGCAAGAGAACAGAAUUAUGA